CUUACAUCCCGGCAUACCGUGGAUUACUCAAUAUGGCGGCAAUGAGUUCUGAGAGUAGGAAUGUGGUGGAUAUUAGGCAAAAAGAAUAGAAAGAGCGGAGUUUUACAUUCGGUAGAGUUGCUCCCACUGCCAGUCUAGUGUGGAAAAAGACUGUCAGUCUCAAGAUGUGGGAGGAGGCGGAGAAUUCCGUGACCUUGUUGUGCCUUACUGCCAGUAGUGGAGUGCCCUUAUACUGUAGGAGCAGAGGAGGGUCUACAAAGCAGCAGUUACCCUUUUCUGUAAUUGGCUCCCUGAAUGGGGUUCAUAUGUUUGGGUCCAAUUUAGAUGUCCAGCUGAUAGCAGCCCGUACAGAGAAUAUUCAGGUGAUGUGGAAAGUGUUUCACAAUAGCAUCAUCCUCAUUGCCUUGUCCUCAGAAGAAGAUGCUAGUGACUUCAGUCUUGGAAGGCUUCUUGAGAAUGUUUUCAAUGCCAUGGUACUAGUACUGGGCCUGGAGGAACUAACAAAUAUUCACAACAUUGAGCGUCUCAAAAAGGAUCUAAAGUCAUGUUAUAAACUGAUUGACAGUUUCCUGGAGCCAGGCAAAAGCUGUGCUGAUCUGACCCAGUGUGUGGAAUGCACUGUGAUGCCUUCCAGAGCAAUUCUGCAGGAAUGCUUAGAAGCCUUUGCCUGUGCAGCAGAAUCCCGAUUUGGUUGUCUGCUUGUGGGCGGUCAUAUCUUAUGUGCAACUGAACAGUGGUGUCAGCUUGCAGCCCCAGAGGCCAUGCUACUGGUGUGGCUUGUAAAUUCCCUUCCUCCACACACUUCCCGCGAUCUGCCUGUUUACCUUCCCCAAGGCAGUCCCACGAUUCCCCACCGUUUCCUAACUUUUCAGCUUGUGCCUGAUAUGGAAGUAGUAUUGCUCUGUGGGCCUAAUCCCUCCUUACAGUGUCUGACUGAUGAGCUAGUUAAUCAAUUUUGGCAACCGCUGCUGGAUCUCCUGAAGGCAAGUGCCAGAGGCCCUGCUAGAUGCCUACCACCUGGCAUUGUCCUUUCUCCUAGUGUUCUGGGGUUACUGCUAAUUAAUCAAGACCAAAGGAAAAGCCUCUUUACAGUGCAUCCUCAUGGGGCUUCAACUGAAGGAUCUGAAAUGUCCAUGAAGAAUCGGCUCCGUGCCCUCCGUUCUUUCUAUGUUUUAGUUACUUCCUUAUACUUUCCUUGUGAGAAACAAGAAGAAAACACAGUCCCUCUGCAGGAGGACUUUCAUGCUGGUUUCUCCCAUUGUCCUCAGCACUGUUAUAUGGUCUACACUACGCACAAAGCCUAUGUUAUCCAUGGGAGGCAGCACCAGCUCUUCUUAAUCUUGAAGACAGAUGUACCUACCUUUGCUUUACGAUCUUUAGCAACCUGCACGCUACAGGCUCUCACAGCUGAAGAUUCGGCAUUUUGAGUUGUCUUGUUGAACCCAAUGAAAUUCGGAGUGCAUAACAAGAGCAAGAACACUUAGAUUUAUAUAUCAUUUCACAGUCAUCUCUAAGCAGUUUUACAAAGUCAACAUAUUGCCUCUCAACAAUCUGGAUCCUCAUUUUACCAAACUCUAAUGGAUGGAAGUCUGAGUCAACCUUGGGCUGGUCAAAAUCGAACUACUGGCAGUUGGCAGAAUUAGCCUGCAGUACUGCAUUCUAAUCAAUGUGCAAAGUUGAUGUAUUCACUUACAAAUAGAAGACAUCUCUGUGUAUUAAUCGGUGGAGGAGAGGGAAGAGAGUUAUGUUAACUGAAAUUAAUACUACCCUUAUUUACAGCCAGCUGUUUGUACACUAUGCAUUUGCUUAUCAUUGUUUCAUUAGGACAUGCAUAGAGCCUUGAUCAUAUACAAGUUUUUUUCACUGUAUAAUAAAAGGUAUACUGAGUAGAGCCAUUUUGAUCUACAUACUUUAAAAUAGUCUAAUGGGUCUUGAGGGAGUUAAGCCAACCAAACCAGGCAGCCAGAUGCAGAGGAGAGACUUUAAUUUGCAUCUUGGACACUGAAGAGUAUAGGGGUGGGAGGGGGGAGAGAGUCAUCACAGUAACUAGUAUUUUUUUUCUCUCCAAAGACUUUGGUCAUGACACUGUUUGGCCUUAGGUAUUGGAAAUCUCAAAGGGCAAAAUAAUGAGAAAGUGGAAUUUUGCAAAGACUGUGCUUUCUAAGAGGACUAUAACUGAAAUGAUUGUUUUCCACUUUAAUUGUCACACUUUUUAAAACUAUCUAUGGUGGGAGUGGGGAAAGCACAGACUUUUCAAGAUGCCUUCCUCCAUUACUACAGGUAGUCCUCACAAUACUAAUUGGGAUUGGAAUGCAGUUGUAGGCAAUAAUGGUUGUAAAUAAAGUUGUUCCACUGAUUAAUUGUUCUAACAGUCAGGAAAUUUCUUCUUAGUUCUAGGUUGCUUCUCUCUUUGAUUAGUUUCCAUCCAUUGCUUCUUGUCCUGCCUACAGGUGCUUUGGAGAAUAGCUUGACUCUCUCUUCUGUGUGGCAGCCCCUGAGAUAUUGGAACAUUGUUAUGAUGUCACCCUUAUUUGUCUGUUUUUGCACAAAGGAAGACAGAAUUUCCAUACUUUCCACCGUAUGGAGAAAGGAAUCCUGAUGAGGCUCAAUUCUUAAGCUUAUAUGUAACUAGUUCCAUACAACUUAGGUGAACAUCUAUUGCAAAUGCUAGGGCCAGGUACACUGUGAAAAUAUAAUGUAUGGUAUGGGACUAUUUUCUAUCCAUUUCUACCCUGUCCACAUAUAAAGAGCAGUAUGCAACAAAUCAGUCAGCGGUGUGGGGGUGACCCAGCCUGGCUUGAUUCUGGCUCUCCCCCACUCUCACGGUUUUAUUAGAGUCACAUGGAGAUAGAUACAGGCAUUCAAAACCCAGAUAAACUAAGAUGCGCUAGUUAACACCUACACAGCAGA